AUGAACUUAACUCUUCAGGAGGAGGAAAGGACUGCCUAUGGUAGAUAUGUGGAUCUCAGUAAAGCUGAGGAAAGCCUUGCUCAUCAGAAAUCCUGGGUCCAAUGGUUAGGUUUAGGGAACAGGAAUUCCAAAUUCUUCUUUAUAACUGUUAAGGGGAAUGUGAAUAGGGGGCGGAUUCAUAGUGUUGUCCUUCCUAAUGGGGAUAGAGUGACUAAAAGUGAUGAGGUCCAUAAAUCCUUCAUGGACUCUUUCACUAGUUUAUUUGGGAAGCCUUUUAACUUGAUUAGUAAUCUGGUCACCAAAAGAGUGUCUGAAGCUCAGUAUCAUAUCCUUGCUAGGGAAGUUAUUGUGAAAGAGAUCACUGAUGCUUUUCGUUCCCUUAAAGCAAAUAAGGCCCUUGGGCCUGAUGGGUAUUCUGCUGGCUUCUUUCUGAAAGCUUGGGAUAUUGUGGGGAGAGAGGUUGUUGAAGCUAUCCAAUCUUUUUUUAAUUCGGGGGAGCUCCUUCAGGAAGUGAACAGUACCUCCAUUGCUCUUAUUCCUAAGACCCCCAAUGCUGAAAGAGUGGGAGAAUUUCGUCCUAUCUCUUGCUGUAAUACUUUGUAUAAGUGUAUUUUGAAGAUCAUUGCUGAUAGGAUUAAGACUGUUCUCCAUGAUCUCAUUGAUCCUGUGCAAUCAGCUUUUGUCUCCGGGAGGAGAAUUGCUGAUAAUAUCUUUCUUUCACAAGAGCUUAUGAGGGGCUAUCAUAGGUCUUCACCUUCUCCUAGGUGUGCCAUGAAAGUGGAUAUUAUGAAAGCUUAUGAUAACGUUAGAUGGGACUUUGUUCUAGAUGUUUUAAAUGCUAUGGGGUUUCCCCCUAAUAUUAUUCUUUGGAUAAAAGCCUGCAUGACUAGCCCUACAUAUUCCAUUUGUAUUAAUGGGUGUCUGCAUGGCUAUUUCAGGGGGGAGAGAGGGUUAAGGCAAGGAGACCCCAUGUCUCCUUAUCCUUUUGUUAUUGUUAUGGAGAUCCUUUCCAGGAUUUUGGCUGAGAAGGCCUCUCACCCUGAUUUCAAAUUUCAAUGGAGGUGUGAGAAAACGAAGAUAGUUAAUUUGUGCUUUGCAGAUGAUUUGAUGAUCUUCUGUAAGGGGGAUGUGUUCACUGUCCAGUCUAUCAAAACUAGCUUAGAGGAAUUUGAAAACUUAUCUGGGUUGUCCCCUAGCCCUAAUAAGAGCCACAUUUUCUUCUCGGGUUGUGAUAAGAACUUGAGGGAUGAGAUUUUCGGGUGUGUAAUUUCAGCGAAGAAGUAUGGGGCUAAGGUGUCUUGGGAUAGAAUGUGUUCCCCUAAAAAUGAAGGGGGCUUGGGGUUUAAAUCUCUCCAAGUGUGGAACGAAGCUGCUAUUGCUAAACAUGUCUGGUUCCUCUUUUCUGGGGGAGACCAAUCUAUGUGGUGUCUCUGGAUUAAAUCUUAUAUCCUCAAGGGUAGAAGUUUUUGGAGAGUUAGGGUGAUAAAUGACCCCUCUUGGGUUUGGAGGAAAAUUCUUUCUGUUAGGUCUAUCAUUUACCCUUCAAUCAAGCAUAGGGUGGGUGAUGGUUCUUGGGUUUUUCUAUGGUUUGGUAAUUGGCACGCUAUGGGAUAUGUGUGUGAUAGAUUUGGGCCCAGAAUUGUUCAUGAUUCUGCUUUGGGUAUUGAUGCUAAGGUUAGUGAGAUUGUGGAAUGUACUACCUGGAAAUGGCCUUUCCCUUCCUCGUGGGAGAUUAUGGACCUCAUUUCUAGUACUCCUCCUACUUUUCUCCCUUCGGGUGGGUAUGAUGAUGUGAGUUGGAGCCCUGCUGCUAAUGGUAAAUUCACUAUCCAGUCCACUUGGCAUGUUUUGAGGGCUCAUUUUGUUCCUGUGAACUGGUCUAAGCUUCUUUGGGGGCCUCAUAAUAUCUCCAAAGUGAGCUUUGUGGUGUGGAUGGCUAUACUUUGUAGAUUGAACACUAGUGAUAGGUUAAAAAUUUUUGGUGUGACCCAAGCUAGUGAGUGUGUCUUCUGCCAGCACCUUUGUGAAGAUCACAACCAUCUUUUCUUUGAGUGUCCAUUCUCUGAUAGAGUGUGGACCUGUAUAAAAGGAAAGAUGAAUGUUGAUUGGCCAUCAAUUCCUUGGGGUGAUUUGGUUCAGCUUAUUGCAACAUCUGUUAAAGGGAAAUCUUUAGGGACUAUUAUUACCAAGCUUGCCUUUACAUGUACUGUGUACCAGUUAUGGAUUGCUAGGAAUAAUAGAGUCUUUGGUAAGGAUAUGGUCCCUAAAGAAAUGGUCAUAAAGCAUAUUAUGGACAUGGUUCGAUUCAGGGUUAUGCACAUAACAAAUUUGAAUUCACACCAUACUGAUAGAUGGUACUUGAGUUCGUGGAGAAUUCCUCAUGAUGUGCUGAAACAUGCCGAACCUGCUGUGAGGGAUGUGUACGGAGCAUUGUUUCUUGAGUGA